AUGGGUCGUGGACGGCAGUUUAUACGUUGUUUUUCCAGUAAUAGUCCACUUGGAAGAGCCGGAUACUCAUCAGUCGAGCCGGUGCAUCAUUUAGUCAAGAUCAAUAAAGCUGCUUUAAAGCCAAAGUAUCAGUUUCAUUUACUUCCAAAAGACGAUAUUGAAUCAGUUGGAUACAAGCCUACCGAAAUAUGUCAAGAUAGAGUGCAGGAGUACUAUGAGAAUGUUGUGAAACCAAAUCUUAUGUUGAAUUUUUACGAACAUGGAGCCAAAACCAUUGAAGGUAAUAAGAAAAGAUCUUGGGGGGUUGAUUCUCCAUAUAAAUUAUAUCGUGGGUUAAGAAAACAAAAGGGGUUAGGUCGUCAAACCAGAGACAUCCAUCCAAUCAAAUCAAGCAAUAUACCCGAGAUCAGUGGAGUCACUAUCAAUGCUUAUAAUAAAGCUGCAUUGGAAGAAGACUGGAUAAAUAUCUCCAAUAGAUUACAAAUUGCCCAAAUCACUAAUGUCAAGCCAAAAGUUACUUAUAGUAAGUCCAAUGUUAUACAAUGGAAGGUUAGAAAGGGGAAAGUCUGUGGGUGUAAAGUUGAAUUAACUGGUAGAGAUAUGACUCAAUUUUUAAGUACUCUAACUGAGUUGGUUUUACCAAGAAUGAAAAAUUUCGAAGGUUUAAUGAAUACAUCUGGUGAUUCAACUGGUAAUGUCUCAUUUGGAUUGACUCCUGAUGAUGUUAAAUUCUUCCCAGAAAUUGAAAAUUUCCAAGAAUUAUAUCCAAAUUUAUUUGGGUUUAAUGUAACAAUUAAAACUACAGCUAGAACUGACGAACAAGCUAAAACCCUUAUUAGCGCAUUUGGUUUCCCAUUCACUGAUAAAGUUAGAAAUAUCUCAUCCUAUUAA